AGCGGGCGGGGGAGCUGCCGCGGCUUACGGAGAAGGCGGCGGUGGUAGCGGCGGCAGCAGCAGCAGUGGGUCGUGCCCAGCUGGGGACUCGCCCGGGGGAGGCAGGCAAGGAGGCUCCAUGCAGGCGGGCAGCCCUCAGAUUAUUGCAAACCGGAUGCCCUUUGUGGAUAAAAGAUGUAUCAUGGAAUGAACCUGAGCAGCGGGGAUCCAUUCUUAGAGCAGCAGCAGCAGCAAUCCCCGUCCCCCCGGAGACUCUUCGUGGUGGUCUUGUGGCUUCAGCUGGCGCUGUGCUUCGGCCCUGCACAGAUCACGGGCGGAUUUGAUGACCUCCAUGCUUGUGUUGAUCCUGGAGUCCCUGAACAUGGCUACAAGACACCCAGUGCAGGUGUUUUCUUUGAAAGUGCUGUAGUCCGGCUUCACUGUCAAGAAGGAUACAGGCUUAAGGGUCCUUCGAAAAAGAUUUGUGUGAGACAUUUUAAUGGCUCCUUGAGCUGGAAACCAAGCGAUAAACCUGUGUGCCUACAAGAAGUCACAGAUUGCCUUGUUCCACAUGUUGAAGAUGCAGAGGUUCAUAACAAGACAUACAGGACUGGAGAUAAGUUAAUAAUCAGUUGUCAUGAAGGAUUCCAGAUCCGUUACCCCGACUUAGACAACAUGGUUUCAAUAUGUCAAGAUGAUGGAAUGUGGGAUAAUCUGCCCAUUUGUCAAGGUUGCCUGAGGCCAUUGGUUCUUCCUCAUAGUUACAUUAACAUAUCUGAGUUCGAGUCCUCCUUCCCAGUAGGAACAGUGGUAUAUUAUCAGUGCUUUCCUGGAUAUAAACUAAAGGGGACAAAGUUCCUUGAGUGCAUGUAUAACCUUAUCUGGUCACAUAGCUCACCUAGGUGCCUUGAUGUGGAAGUUUGUCCACUACCUCCAAUGGUGAUUCAUGGAGAUUAUAUUUGCCAUCCGCGGCCUUGUGAGCGUUAUAACCAUGGAACUGUGGUUGAAUUCUAUUGUGAUCCUGGUUACACUCUUACCAAUGACUACAAAUACAUCACCUGCCAAAAAGGAGAAUGGUUUCCCUCAGCUCAAGUAUACUGUGUCAAAACAGAGCAAACCUGGCCAAAUACACAGGAAACCCUCCUGACUACAUGGAAAAUAGUGGCAUUUACUGCUACCAGCGUUCUACUGGUACUUCUGUUGGUUAUUCUAGCCAGGAUGUUCCAGACCAAAUUUAAGACGCAUUUCCUUCCAAGAGGUGCCCAGGAGAGUUCCACCAGCAACCCCGACUUCGUGGUAGUGGAUGGUGUUCCUGUCAUGCUGCCUUCCUAUGAUGAAGCUGUGAGCAGUGGUUUGAAUGCCUUGGCACCGGGAUACUCCUCUCCUGCAGGCCAGGGGCAUGUUUUGCAGACAGAUGAUCAGAACCCUCCAGCUUAUCCCGGCCCAGGAGACACAGACACAUUACCUGCUGAAUUUGAGAGCUGUGAUAGCAUAUCAGGCUCCUCCGAACUUCUCCAAAGUUUAUAUUCAUCCUCUGUGUGCCAAAUGGGCGUGCAUCCUAUUUCAGAUAGAACUGAGGUGAUCAAUAGCACCACUGGGGAGGCUGCAUCCACAAGCCCAAGUAUCGAUAUUGCAGAUGGUAAGUUUUUCUUGGAUAUGUUACAUGGGAUGUGUGUCAAAGGUAAUAGUCAAUAAAUAUAAUCCAUGUGCUUGUGCUUCAGAGCAGGAAUUAAGCAGGAAUUAUUUGCAGCAUACAUGUUAUUCUUUAUGCUUUCUUCAAAACAAAUUCUUCAGUGCUUUUAAGGUCUCAUCUCCCCUAUCCGACCAGGCUAAGCCCUAGCCAGGUGGCAAGGGGGGUUGGUUCUCCAGGAAUGGAACAGGGAGGAAUCUUCACCUCAAAGUCACACAGUGGCAACAAAGCCACUCCUUGGAGAGUUUUUCCUUGUUUAUUUUGAAGUGAAUGGAGGUUUUAGUUGACUAAUUCCAGGCAUCACAACAAAAGCGGGUCUUGAGGAGGAACUAGACUGGGAAUGUUUUGCUCACAAGUACAACUUUUCAUCAUACACUAUUUGUAUAUCACCAACUGGUAGGUGUGAGAUGGCACUCUGCAGGGAAAUAAAUGACAGGUCCCCUUGACCCAAAUAGUCUAUAGGCUAAAGCCAAUAAUUCUUUUU